ACUUCAGUGGGAAUAUGGGUUUGUUAUGGUCUCUUGCGCCCCCUGCAGGCCCUGUCAACUCAUUAGCGCACUCGUACACAACCAGGAAGUCACACAGAAAUCAGGAGAAAUGAAACUGAAAGGCCAGUGCUUUGUGAAGUCCAGAGUUUUGUUAAUUGUUUUCAGCAGCAUAGAGGGAAAUGGCAGAGUCCAUGACAAGCAACCAGGACCUUUUUAUGUGUCCAAUUUGCUUGGACAUUCUCAGGGAUCCAGUAACUAUUCCCUGUGGACACAAUUACUGCAUGGACUGCAUUAAGGGUUGCUUGGAUCAGGAAGAUCAGAAGGGAGUCUACAGCUGCCCCCAGUGCAGACACACGUUCACUACAAGACCUGUUCUAUACAAAAAUAAUGUUUUUGCUGAGCUUGUGGAGCAGUACAGGAAGACCAGAAGCCAAGCUGUUGUUCCUGCUCCUGUUGUAUCUGUUGCUGGUCCCGGGGAGGUGGAGUGUGACAUCUGCACUGGGAGAAAACUCAGAGCUGUGAAGUCCUGUUUGGAUUGUCUGUUGUCUUACUGUGAGACUCACUAUAAAGCUCACAAUGAUCUUAAUCCUGGACGAAAACACAAGGUGGUUGAUGCCACAGGUCAGCUGCAGGAGAGGAUCUGCACCCAACAUGAGAAGCCUCUGGAGAUAUUUUGUCGCACAGAUCAAACUUGUGUCUGUUUUCUCUGUAUGGUGGAUGAUCACAAAGGCCAUGACACCGUAUCAGCAUCUGCAGGGAGAAAGGAGAAGCAGACACACUUGGGAGGGACCCAGAGGAAAUUUCAGCAGAGAAUCCAAGAGAGAGAGAAGGCGCUGCAGGAGCUGAGGAAGGCUGUGGAGACUCUCAAGAGUUCUGCACAGACAGCAGUAGAGGACAGUGAUAGGAUCUUUACUGAGAUGAUCCGCUCCAUUGAGAGAAGGCACUCUGAAGUGAAAGAGCUGAUCAGAGCUAAGGAGAAGACUGAGGUGAGUCGGGCUGAAGGACUCCUGAAGCAACUGGAGCAGGAGAUUGCUGAGCUGAAGAGGAGAGAUGCUGAGCUGGAACAGCUUUCACACACAGAGGACCACAUCCAUUACCUCAAGACUUAUAAAUCAGUUAGUGACCUACCUGAGUCUAAGGAUUUCAAAUCAAACCAAGCCCUCUCUUUUGAGGCUGUGAAUGAAUCUGUGUCCACACUGAAGGGGCAGCUGGAGGAUUUCUACAAGGAUGAAUUCAUAAAGAUAUCUUCAGCAGUGAAUGAAGUCCAGGUUAUUUUGCCUUCUGAGCCGACAACCAGAGGUGAAUUCCUACAAUACUCCUGUCACUUCACACUGGAUCCAAACACAGUACACAGAUACCUCCAACUGUCUGAGGGGAACAGGAGGGUGGAGAAGGGAAAUAUUCUACAGUCAUAUCCUGAUCAUCCAGAGAGAUUUAAUACAUUGUAUGAGGUGCUGUGUAGAGAGGGUGUGUCUGCACGCUGCUACUGGGAGAUUGAACGGAGUGGAGAGUGGGUCAAUAUAGCAGUCUCAUAUAAAAGCAUCAGCAGGAAAGGACAUAGUGCUGAGCAUGGGUUUGGAGGUAAUGACCAGUCCUGGAGGCUGCGCCUCACCAGCUCCAGCUCCUCAUUCUGGCACAAUAAUGAAGAGACUAAACUCCCUCUAGUGUCCAGCUCCAGAAUUGGAGUGUAUGUGGAUCACAGGGCAGGGACUCUGGCUUUCUACGGUGUGUCUGACACAAUGACCCUCCUGCACAGAGUCCAGACCACAUUUACUCACACACUGUACCCUGGGUUUUGGCUAGAUCAUAGCUCAUCAGUGAAGCUGCUGUGAGUAUUCUCACUUGAGAAUUGGUCUGGUAUUAUUCAGGCUAGCUCCCUUCUGCUGCAGUAGGAGUGUUUCAGCUUUGGGAACCAAAUGCAUUCCUGGAAAAGGAAGAGUAGUGUAGUGCAACAUAAAAUUCAAAGCUCAAACAUUGGCUCUCGCAUAGUUUCAGAAUGUAAUUUUCACACACCUCUCUUUAAUAAAAAUGGGGUGUUAUGAAUUUAUACAUCUUAUUUUACUCCAAUCAUAAAGACCUAGAAAAUAGAUAAAAAAUAAAAUAUAUUUUUAAAAUAUGUAAUCUGCUGUGAUUUGCUGUGUAAAGUACAUUUGCAGGAAUAAAACAUGUGCUUGCUGUA